ACCCACGGGGUAGGCGUGUGCAUAAAAACAACACUUCGUGUGGUGAUUGAACAGUUGGCAGAACACCAAGAUCUAGAGAGAUACAACAUCUAGAGCUUUGUUCAUUGUGGUUUGGAUAUUAAACAACAACCGACUCAGGGAAACAUGGCGAAACUCAUCACCGUUUUCGGAGCAACAGGAUCACAAGGAGGCGGGGUGGCCAAUGCCCUUCUGGAAGAUUCUGAUUUCAAAGUCCGGAUAUUGACGAGGAGCGCCUCUAGCGCCAAGGCUAAGGCACUGCAGGAGAGAGGUGCUGAGGUCGUUGAAGGCAGUUAUGACGAUCCCGGCUCACUGGAGAGGGCAUUGCAGGGUGCAUACGGUACUUAUAUCAUGACCCAGCAGUAUUUUGAACUCCCAGACUUCGAUCAACUGGAAAUAAAGCAGGGAAAGGCUGUGGCGGAUGCAGCAAAAGCUGCCGGUGUACAACACGUGGUGUUCAGCAGCCUCGAAGACGUCCAGAAGACCGCGGGGUUCCCGUGUCUGCACUUCGAAACCAAAGCGCACAUCGAGGAGUACAUGAGGUCUAUCGACCUACCCGCCACUUACAUCAUGUUUCCCGCCUACUACGACAACUACCUCACCGUGUUCAAGCCGCGUCAACUGGAGGAUGGGACGUAUGAGCUAGGAUGGGCGAUGGAGGGCGCUCCUAUGCAGGGCAUCAGUGUUCCUGACGCGGGUUUUGCGAUCAGGGGGAUCUUCAAGAACAGGGCGGAAUGGCUGGGCCGGACCGUGGGCUUGUGUGCGGACAACAUCACCAUCCAGCAACACGCAGACAUUCUCUCCAAGCACCUGGCGCCGAAGGUGUUCAAGCCGACCAAGAUGACCUCGGACGCGUUCGGCAAACUGCCGUUCCCGGGAGCGAAGCACCUCGGCGACAUGUUCAAGUUCUACCGCCUGGGUAACCCGGACCGUAGCGCCGAGCUGACCCGCCAGCUGUACCCGGGCACCAGGAGCCUGGACCAGUGGGUGCAGGACAACAAGGAGGCGCUGUUGAGCGUGCUAGCCAUGGACAAAACAGCGGGCAAAGCUCAAUAUGUGAAAUAAUUGAAGGUAUAUACACUGGGUUUGCCGGACACUAGUUAUUUCAGCAGUACAUGUAAGCAAUUGCAAAUGUUUCAUACUAGUUUAAGAAUUUCGUUACAAAGGGGCCAGGAAACAAAUUCUGUUGUAGCAUCGUCUUUAACGGUGAUGCAUAUGACCAGACUGGUUUUUAGGGAGAUCUAUUUUGGACAGCAGAUUGAAGUGUAAACAACACUGGGACAAAAACAAACGCUGUGCUAAUACACUAGUAAUUAUAAGUAGUUAUUCAGGCUUUUGUGUAUCGGCAGUUUUAUUGUGUACACCAGCAAUAAAAUUACAACCCUUUAUGGUAUACAAAA